AUGCAGAACCUGGCGCCCAUUCAUCUUCUCCAGAGUCGCGACGGUCCCCUCGAUCGCUGGCGAGGAGGACUUUGGGGGAUGAGUCACUCAGUUGCCCAUACUCCUCUCGAGACCUUGUUCCUUUUCCAGGAGCUCGCCCGCACCGGCAUCACCACCGAUGGCUUCGACCGAGCCGCGAAAGCUCUCGUCGAGAAUGAGCUGAUCAACACCGAUGCCUCCUACGAUGCAGCCCGUCUGACCCCAGACGCACUCCGACAGCUCUUUCUCAACGUCUGGACCGAGGAACUGGCGACCGCCAAUGGGACAACGACCUCUCCGAAUUCCAAGAGACGCAAACUGAAUCGCCCACCCGUUCCCACCCUUAAGGAGGCAAAGCAACAGGUCGCCGAGUAUCCGGCACUCGUGGAGAGACUAUACGCCAGAUGGAGAGAUUCGGCCGUGAAGAGCAUCAGGGAACAGGAGGAACGACUCAUUGUGUUGGCUGGGGAGAUAACGUCUUUGGAUGCCGAGGAGAGAGCGGAGAAGGCGGAGAAGGCGAAGGCGGCUGCACCACCACGCCCGCCAGCUCCUAACGGUACUCCAGGGCCCAAGACAACGCCGACGCCGGUCCCGGUUCCAUCUACGCUCCCGAAUCCUGUGCAGGCCGCGGCUGCCCAACCGCAGGUCAAGCCUCCGGCUCCAGCGCCUCAUUGCCAGUUCCAACACCGGUACCUCUGCCUCCUCAAGCUCAAAUCAAGCAACCCCCGACUACGACGCCAGUACCACCACCGGUUCCGCAAACCGUACCUGCCAGGCGAGAUGUGGCCGCCCCUGCGGGUGCCUUCCAACAGCCGCCGCCGCCUCCGCCUCCUGCACAAGCAGCAGCGGCUGCCGGGGCAUCUCCUGCACCUGCAAAUGCUCCAGCUUCAAAGCCGCAUCAACCUCCAAAGCCUCACAGUGGCUCUGGUCAGGUCUUGCAGCCCCCUGUUGGUGCUGGUCAACCACCAGUGA